GCAAUCUCUAACCCCUUAGCUAUUACCACCUAGCUUCAAGGCAGAAUCACAAAAUAACACGGUGGGUGAACAUGUAGAAGGAGAAUAUACUCAAGAGCAUAGGAACAAGAAGUGGGAGAUGGCCUUCCAAGGUUCGGAUGAGGCAGAUCGUCCCUGGUCUCUUCCUGGGAAAUGUCGAGGCAUCAUACAAACGGGAAAUGCUUCAAGAGAACCAUAUCAACGCAAUUGUCUCUCUCACUGAUGCUCGAUGGGUAUGUUGGAAUUCCAUCACGAGAGAGGCAGGCGUUCCAGAACAUCGUCACAAAUGGGUUCAGUGUGCAGAUUCGUCGACCCAAGACCUCCUUGCCGAUAUGAGUGAUACUGCGACUUCAUCGACCAAAUGGCAUCCCCAGCUCUUUCCUCAUUGCACUCCUUACCCAUCGAGCACAAUCAUGAAACGAACGACGAGCAGCGCGGUGCAACUUCGGGGGCGGUAUCAAUUCACUGUGAUCUUGGAAUAUCACGCUCGCCGACUAUUAUCAUUGCCUAUCUUAUGCGCAAGUUCAACAUGCAGCAAGCAGACGUAACGAAUUCUGUUCAAUCAAAGCAGAAAAUCAAACCGAGCAUGAAUC